AUGGCAGACGUUAAUCCGGCCUUCGUUCUCCAGUCCAUCAAAAACGUUUCAUUUGAGGAACGACCGGUGCCAACUCUACGUGAUGAAUACGAUGUUCGCGUUCAUGUAGAGCAAACCGGUAUUUGCGGCAGUGACGUCCACUACUGGCAAAAGGGCCGCAUUGGCGACUUCAUCUUAGGGAGUCCAAUCGUCUUGGGCCACGAAAGUUCCGGCACCAUAGUCGAGGUUGGUGCUAAAGUGAAGAAUGUCAAAGUUGGAGAUCUUGUGGCUAUAGAGCCUGGAGUCCCCUGUCGUCGAUGCGAUCACUGUCGAUCAGGCUACUACAAUCUCUGCGCUGACACAGUAUUCGCUGCCACGCCUCCUCACGAUGGGACGUUGCAAAAAUACUACGUUGUCGCCUCGGACUAUGUGUACCCUAUUCCUAAGCAUAUGACUGCCGAAGAUGGAGCUCUCGUCGAGCCUGUCGCUGUUGCAGUCCAAGUUAUUAAGGUGGCGGAUCUACGUGCCGGGCAGACAGUGCUUGUCUUUGGCUGCGGUCCCAUUGGCGUUCUCUGUCAAGCUGUUGCCAAAGCAUCCGGAGCGAGCAGAGUUAUUGGAGUUGACAUUUCACAUUCAAGAGUCAACUUUGCCAAGGAGUUUGGCGCCGAUGGCGUGUUUUUAAACCAGUCGAAGCCGAAAGAAGGACAGGAUCCUGUUGAUGCGGCGCGAGCUGUUGCCGAACAGAUUGUCGCCGAAUAUGAGCUCGGUGAUGGUGCAGAUGUGGUAUUGGAGUGUACCGGCGCAGAGCCAUGCAUACAAGCUGGAAUAUUUGCAGCCAAAAAGGGCGGUACAUUUGUGCAGACGGGCAUGGGUCGCGAGAAUGUGGUGUUUCCAAUUACGACCGCCUGCAUCAGAGCACUGACGAUUAAGGGCUCUAUCAGAUAUACCACGGGCUGUUACCCGCGAGCUGUAGAGUUGAUUGCCAGCGGCAGGAUUCAGCCCAGGAAAUUGAUUACACAUAGAUUCAAGUUUGACAAGGCGGAGGAGGCGUUUGAGUUGGUUAAGAAGGCACAGGAGGAUACAUUGAAAGUCAUCAUUGAGGGAGUUGGCAUAUAA